ACGGCCCAUUCCAUACCUGCUCGAGUUGCUGCGAAAACGAAAUCCUUGAGAUACGUCACACCCAAUCAAUCUCUCUCUCUUUCUCUCUCUCUCUCUGUAACAACGAUGGCUCAACCAGGUGAAACCCUAACAUUCCCCAAGCCACCUGCACCGGCAGAUCCUUACAGAUCGGUGACCGGAAAGCGUCCUCGCGAAGACGGCGGCGAUGCCUUGUACGGUGAAUUUCGCGGCGGCGAUGCUCCGUCGCCCAAGCGGCGAGUCAAGUCAGCCAUGGAUAUUAUUUUCAGGAUUAUCGUCCCUUCCAAGCAGAUCGGCAAGGUGAUCGGAAAAGUAGGGUCUCGUAUACAGAAGAUUCGAGAAGAGACCAAAGCCACCAUCAAGAUCGCCGACGCCAUCUCCCGACAUGAAGACCGUGUAAUUAUUAUAAGCUCUAAAGAUAGCGACAACACAAUUUCUGAUGCGGAAAACGCACUCCAUCAAAUAGCCAGUUUGAUUCUCAAGGACGAUGAUGGAAAUCUGGAGGCACUGAAAGUUGGUGCUGGUCAUGUAGCUGCAAAUACAAUAAGGCUUCUGAUUGCUGGUUCCCAAGCAGGUGGUUUGAUUGGAAUAUCUGGUCAAAACAUUGAGAAACUAAGGAUAUCCUCUGGUGCCACAAUAACAGUGCUUGCUCAAAGUCAAUUGCCUUUAUGUGCAUCUGCACAUGAAUCUGAUCGAGUGGUGCAGUUAUCAGGAGAUGUUUCUGCAGUAAUGAAAGCUUUGGAGGAGAUUGGAACUCAUCUAAGGGAAAAUCCACCUAAACAAGUAGUUCAGCUAAAUCCAACGUAUAAUCUUGCCUUCAACCGACCACCUCAGCAAUAUGUGGACCCAACUUCAGCUGAUUAUGUAACUCUGGAGAUGAUGGUCUCGGAAACUAUUGUUGGUGGCUUGAUUGGGAGAUGUGGUUCCAACAUUUCGAGGAUCAGAAGUGAGUCUGGAGCUGCAAUCAAGGUUUAUGGUGGGAAAGGUGUGGAGAAACAUAGGCAAAUCCAUAUUGGUGGUAGUGCUCAACAGGUAGCAUUAGCAAAGCAGAGAGUUGAUGAAUACGUGUAUUCCCAGUUGAUUCAAGCAGCUGGUACUCAACAGGCAAUUGAUCCCACAGCUGGAAUGAUGACCGCCCUUGCUCCUUUCUUCACAUCCGGUGCUACGGAUCAAGUUCCUGCUUAUCCUGGUAUGCCGUCGUUCCACACUCCACAAUUAUAGGGUUUGAAAAUUACCAUUUUAUGGGGCCUAUGUUUGCCAACACACCUCUAAUGUACAAAUUGUGGACGAUCGGUGUUUGGAAAAAAAAAAUAUAUAUGCAUACAGAGCAAUGCUGUAUAUUGCUGAUUGGCACCAAAACAGGUUUUAAUUUUUUUUUUUAUAAUAAUUAUUUAGAAGUGCUUUUUGUUCU